AUGUCCUGCUCGUGGCUAUGGUUAAUAGUCUAUCAAUUUUUGAUUUUUAUUACUCAUUCUCAAUCAAGUUAUAUCCGUCUACCAUCUGUUAAUUGCAGUGAAUUAUCUCCAAUCGGUACGCCCAUAACUCAAUUAUUAAGUAUUCUUCCAUCAUCCAAUUGGGGUUUCACGUUUUUAACUCGAACAUCGGUGAUAUCGUACUUUCUCUUAGAUGAUCUGAAAGGUACGAUAACCGUUAAACGACCACUUGAUCGAGAAGAUCUUUGUCGUUUAAAUUUAUGUUCGUGUUCGUCGGAUUGUUUACUCAAACUUGAAAUCAAUGCUCUCAGUGAUGUUUACACACAUAUUAUUUAUCUUCCAAUAUUAAUUCUCGAUGAAAACGAUAAUUUCUGCUAUUUUUCCAAUGAUAUUUAUUAUCUGAAUAUCAGCGAAAGCGUCCGUUUGAAUAGUCGAAUCAUUUUACCAAUUGCACAUGAUCCUGAUCAAACACCCAAUAAUGUUCAAUCGUAUUCAAUUCAAUCGAAUAAUUACUCAGAAUUUCGUCUCGAUAAUCAAAUUCGUCCAUCGAUAAUCAUCGUUCAACCGUUAGAUAGAGAAUCCCAAGAGAAGUACUUUUUUCAUUUUUGUGCUUAUGAAGGCCCUGAUAACGAGAAACGCUCGUGUUGCACAAAGAUUCUUUUAACCGUUACGGAUAUUAAUGAUAAUUCACCAAAGUUUCAAGCCAAUCAGCAAUCACCUGUGAUUUUGAAGAUUUCGGAGUUGACAUCAGUCGGUACGGAAAUUAUUCAGAUGAAAGCGUUCGAUCCAGAUGAAGGUCUCAACGGGCAAAUUCGAUACACGUUCUCGAAAUGGACACGCAAUGACGCAACAAUCAAUAAAAUUUUUCAUCUGAACUCAGAAAAUGGUUCAAUUACUCUCGUUCAUAAUUUGGACUAUGAAGAAAGAAACAACUAUGAAUUACAAAUCCAAGCCAAAGAUUUAGGACCAAAUGCUGUUCCAACUUAUGCAACAGUCAUUGUCGAGGUCAUCGAUGAGAAUGAUUGGUCGCCGGAAAUGUUUACCUUCUCACCAGCUGAUGUUCAGUUAAUCAAUAAUUCCAUCAUUUACAUCUUAGAAAACGUCUCUCUUGGCACUCCAAUUCUCUAUCUAACUGUGUCCGAUCGUGAUGCAGGUGAAAAUGGACGUGUCACCGUCGAAAUCGUUGAUGAAACUUCUAUUUUACAAUUAGAAAAAGUGACUGAUAAUACCUAUGCUUUAAAAACCACGCGUGAACUUGACCGCGAAGAGAAAUCACUCUAUUCAUUCACAUUAUUCGCAUCUGAUCAUGGCCAACCGAAGCAAACAAGUGAAAAUCAGUUUGAAUUACAUUUAAUCGAUGUGAACGAUUGUUCACCGCACUUUGUUAAUUCGAGCAAUUUUACAUUUGAUCUGAAUGAAAAUAAUCAAGACAAUUUCCUCCUUCAGACAAUCCAAGUCGAUGAUCCCGAUGAACAUGAUCAAAUUACACUUCAACUUCAAUUUGAUCCACUACAUGAUUAUAAACAUCUGUUUAAAUUAAACGAACGAAAUCAAUUGAUUGUUUUGCAAAGUCUCGAUUAUGAAAAACAAUCCGUCUAUCAAUUUGCAAUUCAAGCAGAAGAUAAAGUUGGACAUCAGACAUCCGUUCCUGUUUUCAUUCAUGUCCAUGAUGUCAAUGAUAAUCCGGUUAAAUUCCCCGCGAAUUUGACGCGAUUUCAAAUCGAAGAAAAUCAAGCGAAUCACACUUUUAUCGGACAAAUUCAAGCUGAAGAUGAAGAUAAAAAUGAUCAGAUAGUUUAUUCCAUCCAUCCAGAUGAUCUUCCUUCAAUAAAACAUUCGAUCCAAUUGAAAACCACUGGAUUCUUAUUUACAAAACGAAGCUUCGAUCGGGAAAUGCUCCCUCAGCUACAUUUUCGUAUUGUUGCUAAUGAUUCCGUUCAUACUGAUGUUCUCGCCGUACGUAUUGAUAUUCUUGAUCAAAAUGAUAAUAAACCACAACUACAAACACAAUCGCCUUACUGUUAUAUUUAUAAUUUGACAAAUAGUAAUCAAACAAUCGAAAUUCAAUUAGAAGGCUAUGAUCCAGAUGAUGGUCGCAACGGAGAAAAUGUCUUUUCAUUAAAAAAUCCGUCGUCCUCAGACGUUCGAAUUCUUCCAAAUGGUCUUUUAAUUCUCGAUGGAAUCUUUCAAGAAUACAGAUUCGAUCUGGACCUAACCGAUCAAGGUCAACCAAGAAAUUUGACGACAAUCUAUAAAGACUUUCUUGUUUUUAUUGUUUAUGAAGAAGCAGAAUGUCGAAAUUAUUCGUUAAAAUCAUCCGUAGAGAUACAUCCUCAAACAUAUAUUUAUUUAAUUUCAAUCAUUCUGAUUAGUUUAGCAAGUUUUCUUGUCAUUAUAUUUAUAAUUUGCUGCUGUUUUUAUUAUCGACAACGACGCGAACGAACCGAAUCUUUAAAUACUAAACCAACGACACAUUUGACACCAUCAUUUUCUUCAUCACUGAACGAUGAAGCGGAAAAUGACACAUUAUUAUUAUCCUCCCCGUCACCACAAUUUACCGCAAUGACAACAGUAUCGACAUCAUCAACAACAACAACAAAUGAUUCGACUCGUUUAACAACAUUUACUGAUCGAUUAUCUGCAAAUAAGUCAUCAUCGUUGUCCAGUUCGUCUUCGUCAACAUACGUCAAAAUGAGUCGAUCAUUUGAAGACGAAAUACUCUAA